AUGGAAAAUAAUCGUAAAGAUGUCAUAUUAUGGACCGAAGACGGGAGGAUAGAGAGAGAGAGAGAAAUCGGGAUUGGAAGACGAGAAAUUGCGGAUGGAAGGAAGCACGAAAGAGAAGCAACCGAACAGGAAAGAAGUGACGGAUUGAUGCCCGGCCUCUUGCCAAAUGGAGCCAAUCACGGCAACGUGACUUUACGUUCUUUCCCUAUUUCCCCCGUCCGUUUUGAUGACUUUUCAGUGCGACUCGUUCGUUUGUGCUUCAUUCAUUCUUCCCGCCAUUCCUUGGUUGUUAUCGUUAUUGUUAAUAUUAUGACCAUGGGAGUCGUUGCGCCAUUACUUCUGCCCUUCCGCCAGAUAUUUGUCUUCCCAUCCCGAUGGCACAGCGUCCAUAUGGUCUCAUGA